AUGCAAUUCAAAUCAUUCAUUGCUGGUUCUCUAUUGGCCACUUCAGCUUUAGCUGCAACUGCAAACACAACUGCUCCAAACGUCCCAAGUGCUUGUAACGUUGGUUCUUCAGCUACUUUCACUGCCCAAACCGAUUUCGAUAAAAUUUCCACCUGUGAAAAUGUUGUCGGUAACAUUAGUGUCACCGGUGAUUUAGGUAGUGCUGCUUUGUCAAAUGUUAAGAACUUAUACGGUUCUCUAACCAUUUUCAAUGCCACUUCUUUAUCUCUAUUCUCCGCUGAUUCUUUAGAAAUGAUCACCGGUACUUUAUCCCUAAGACAAUUGACCAUCUUAACCUCUGCAUCUUUCGGUUCUUUAGCUUAUGUCGAUUCUAUUAAUUUAGUCACUUUACCAGCUAUUGACAACUUUGCCUCCGCUUUGAAAAAUGCUAACAUUAUUUACAUUUCUGAUACCACUUUAGCUAAUAUUGAUGGUUUCUCUACUUUGGAUUCCGUUCAAUCUUUUAACGUUAACAACAACAGACAAUUGACUUCUGUUGCCUCUUCUUUAAGAACCGUUUCAGAAGCUUUAGAAUUCUCUUCUAACGGUAACAAUGCUACUGUUGUCUUUGACAACUUGGUUUGGGCUAACAACAUCACUUUAAGAGAUGUUUCUUCUGCCUCUUUUGCUACUUUGAAGACUGUUAACGCUUCCUUGGGUUUUAUUAACAACUCUUUGCCAAUUGUUAACUUGACUCAAUUAGGUAACGUUGGUGCUUCUUUGAGUUUUGUCUCCAAUGAUCAAUUGUCUACCGUUAACUGUAAGAACUUAACUACUAUUGGUGGUGGUUUCGUUAUUGCCAACAACACCGAAUUGCAAACUAUUGACGGUUUCAAGAAAUUGUCUACUGUCGGUGGUGCUAUUGAUAUUGAAGGUAACUUCUCUUCAUUAGAUUUGGGAUCUUUGAGAAACGUCAGAGGUGGUGCUACUUUCGACACUUCCGCUUCUAACUUCUCUUGUUCCAGUUUGAACCAAUUACAAAGUAACGGUAACAUCCAAGGUGAUUUCUCUUGUAAAGCCGCUACCACUACUUCUUCUUCUUCCAGUAUGAGCUCUACCUCCAGCUCUGGUUCAUCUCGUUCUUCAUCUACCCGUUCAUCUUCUUCCACUGCCUCAGUCAAUGAAGAUGCUGCUAGCUCUAGCUCCACCACCAGCUCCACCAAGUCCUCUAAAUCUAAGGGUGAUGCUGGUCACUUUGCUCCAUCUUCCUCCUUCAUGGGUGUUGUUGGUGCCAUUGCUUUAGCCUUAUUCUAA